CAUGAAGGUGACGGGUCACAUCGUCCAACCGAGCGACGCGAGAGCAAAGCAGAACGUACAAGAAGUGGACACUCGUGAGCAACUGCGGAACGUGCAACAGCUGCGAGUGGUCCGUUACAGAUACGCUCCAGAAUUCGCGCUGCAUUCCGGUUUGGGGAUCAAACAGCAGGAGGACACGGGAGUCAUAGCGCAAGAGGUCCAGCAAAUACUACCGGAAGCUGUCCUCCCAGCUGGGGACAUCGUUCUACCAAACGGGCAGAGGAUCGAGAACUUCCUGGUAGUUAAUAAGGAGAGGAUAUUCAUGGAAAAUGUUGGGGCUGUCAAGGAACUCUGCAAGGUGACGGAUAGCUUGGAGACACGAAUAGACCAACUGGAGCGGAUAAACAAACGUCUAGCGAAACUGAAGAGAGGCGACAGCCUGAAGAGUUCGAUUAGUACAAUCUCUAGUAUAUCAAGUAACAAAUACUCAUCAUCUAUCAAUAGUAAAAGCACUGUACAGGGAAAAGGGAAGAAGAGUGAUCGAGACGACGAGCUACUCUGCAGCAAUAAAUUUAUCCAAAUCGUGAUCGUCAUCCUGAUCCUCAUAAUGGCCUUCUGCUUAGUGGCGAUGGCUACGCUGUAUUUCUUAGAGUACCAAAAACGCAGUAGUCUGGAGUGGUCGGCGGUGGCCAGCAACGGGAUGCUAGCGAUCAGACCGGUUCAUCCGUCGACGGCGUCGAGCACACCUAAUUACGAUCCUAGAUACAAUUCGUUAUUAGGCAGCACGCUGUCUUCGCACACUAAACACAAUUCGCAUAGCAGGGGUUUAGACAGUAGCCUGUCAGUGAAGAACGCGUUCUCCACGCAAGCUCCUCACACGAAGCAGCAGCUCUAUUCCCAAGAAAUCUGGUUCCCCAGCCACUCGGGGCCUCAGCAGAAACUCGACAAGAACAG